AUGCAUUUCUUCCCAACAGCUGACUCAACGCUCCUCUCCUCCGCUGUCGAUCACCACGCCCUCCCUCCUCGUCCCAAGGCCGUCGGUCCUAUUUUCGAUGCAGACAACUUCAAAAACCCCGUAGAUCCCUGGGAUUCCGACAUCCAAACCGACCUGUAUCCUCCCAAAGAGGACCCUUUUGCCCCGUCCGCCAUACCCGCCGAACCAUCAUGUCCUCCCACCCGAUACCCACGAGACCUCGACGAACAUCCUGAACUCCUCGCCGGUCUGCAGGAGAAGGCCUGUCUUGCCCAGGAAAACUCUGGCUGGGAAUAUGCUGUCGUGGGGCUCCUCGACGUCAAUGUCUACAUUCGCUUAGCAACCGUCGGCCUCCAGCUUGCCAUUCUGCCUCGAGGAGAGACUCUCUGUGCACACACGGUGACACAACCUCCAGGCAAUGUCUUUCUCCUCCCCAACAUGCUUGAAGAUUGGAGAUAUCGCGAAUCGCCCUGUGUCGAACAUGGCGGCCUUAUAGCGUAUGCGGGCGUCCCACUUCGAAUCCAACACGAAUCCGGCGAGUCGGUUGUUGCCGACAUAGUACAAUGCGCACGAGCACGACGCCAGCGAGAACGACUCCGACUUACAUAUCUCAUCACGACACUGCUUCGAGAACCCGAUGGCGACGACGUCCAAGAGCCGAUCCUGCACAUACUUCGACAAGCAUACCCCGAUGAAUCCGUUACCCUACAAUUUGCCGGCACCGAUUCGUAUGACACGACUAUUCCUUACGCCACAUCAGAUCCGAAACAUGGACUAUGGGAGGACGACGAAUACAUCGAUAACUUUAUCUUGACAUCGAAUUGCAACGACCCGCCUACAGACAGGGUCGUUCGCUUCAUCUCUGCGCAAUGCGAGUCCAAGCUUGGUCCAUCCGUCCUCGUCGUUGCAACUAGAGACUUCCGACGAAUAUUUGACGAUGUAGACUCUGGAUUCGUGCAGGCGUGCGCUACCAUGCUCACGCAGCGAUGGCAGAAGCGCCUCCUGUCCGAAGUCAUGCGCGCGAAAGAAAAGUUCCUCCGCGGUGUAUCCCAUCAGCUCCGAACGCCCAUUCACGGCAUUCUCGGCGCCGCCGAAUUGCUCACUGAGCAUCUCGAGGCGUUGACGCUACCUGGAGGCUCAAAGCUGCCACCACCGGGUGUUGAGGAAUUGAUGCAGCCACUUGCCGAGCUGGGCAAGUUGUCUGUCUAUCUGGAUACAAUCUCGACUGCAGGCCGCGAACUCAUGUCGACUGUCAACAGCAUGAUUACGCUCAAUCGAUGGGCCGACAUCGCUGCCGCGGAGCGCCAAUACGCCACGCACAGCAUUCAAGAGCUCGAGGAUAUACUCGUCAAGGGUUCGUCGGAUGUCACCCUUCGGUACACGAGCAAGCGAGCGCCCAUCUUCUUCCACCACGAUUUGCCCCCCAGUUGUCAAAGUCUGCGCAUAGAUAUUGAGCUCUUUCGCGAUAGUGUCCUACCUCUCAUCAUCAACGCAAUACAAAACACAUUUGAAGGCGUGAUCACAGUCACAUUAUCCUACACACAAGAUACUAAGACGCUUGUGGUUGAUGUGCAAGACACGGGAUGUGGAAUAGCUGCAAAUGACCAGGGUCGCAUCUUCCAGCUGUACGAAAAGGUGGGCGAGCACUCGACAGGUCCUGGCUUGGGCUUGACACUGGCUUCCAAGUUCUCGGCUUUGCUUCAUGGUUCGGUUGAGCUGGUCUCGUCAGAGGUUCAUCGCGGGUCCCAUUUCCGGGGUACGUUUGGUGAUAUCCGUUCCAUAACGUCGUCAACGCCGUUUCUCCCGAUCGCCUCUCAACUCAAACGUCUACCUUUGAGUUUCCAUCACUUGACGUCAGACUCCCCCGAAAUACACCUAAAUUCGCACGUCUCCAAGUAUCUUACCUGCAACGGAUUCGUUCAGUCGAAUGACUCUGCCGAUUGUCUAAUUGUUAUGGACUACAUUCGUGAUCCAGAUCAGCGGCAAAAGUACCACGCGACAUUGCCGAAAGGCCAGGUCGCGAUCUGUCCCGUCCCAGAUAUGGAAGAUAUAGAGUCUUCUCCAUCAACGUCAAAUAUUGUGUUUGUGAGAGGGCCCUUUUGCACCUCGUCGCUCGAUGCUGGCUUUCGAGAAGCCGACGAACUAUGCGCGAUGACGCCCAUGACAAUAACAACUCCUCUUCCCUUGGUGUCGCCUUCUCUCACAAAAGACGGUGGGGGAAUUCUACCCUAUCGACCUUCACCAAGCGGCCACGACUCUACAGACGAAGGCUAUGGCUCCAACGCCACCCCCUCCAACAAUGGUUCGCCGGUACCACAAGCUAGAACUGAAGAGUCGCUUUCCACCUCCAACGAGUCGGCCCCAGGAGUUCUCACGGCUGGCCAGACGUCCCCUCCUGACGUCCCCGUCCGCACCCUCCCAAACACAUACAAGCCCAUGACACUGCUUGUCGACGACAACGCUGUCAACCUCCGCAUUCUAGAGAUGUAA